AUGUUCCGCAUAUUCAAAUCUGAAUUCUUCAAUUUCGAGGCACUGCGCCUCUUGAGUUUCACUGCCCACGAGGGCGGAGAGAUUGCGGAAUUCUUCGAGGCUGUGGCAAAGAUCAAAGACAAUGAUACAGAGAGCUGGUACGCCGCUUGGACGGAAGCAGGAAGGAAGGCUGAGACCCUUGCUGCCGACUCAGAGCUCUCAGGCCAGCGGGACAUUGCCAGGCGGGCUUUCUUCAGAGCCUCAAAUUACCAACGCGCCGCUCAAUUCAUGCUGAAUGGCCAUGACAAACAGGACACACGCAUUCUAAAAGACUCAGAGAGAUCGAUCUCGAACUUUUGGCGCGCAGCAAACCUCCUUGAUUCGUCCAUCAGAAAACUCGAAAUCCCUUACCAAGGAAAGAUCAGACUGCCCGCCUACCUGCACCUUCCUCAUCCCUCCAAAAGGCUUCCUGGCAAGAUUCCACUCCUAGUCAAUACAGUUGGCGCCGAUGCGACACAGGAAGAGAUUUUCUUUAUUUUUCCCAUGGCGGCACUCGAAUUGGGCUACGCAGUUCUUACAUUCGAAGGGCCUGGCCAAGGGAUUGUUCUCCGAAAGCAUAACAUUCCCUUCCGUCCCGACUGGGAGGAAGUCGUUUCCAAGGUGCUUGAAUUUGCGUUUGAAUACAUCGCAAAGCAUCCUGAUUUGGAUCUAGACACAACCCGCGUCGCACUGGCUGGCUCCUCCAUGGGUGGAUAUCUUGCACUGAGGGGGGCAGCGGAUGAACGGGUAAAGGCAUGCAUCGCCGUCGAUCCAUUCUACUCGAUGUGGGACCUGCUCAAAGGGCGCAUGCCGCAGCCAGUCAUUGAUACUUUUGUGGCUGGUGGUUUUGCCCCGGAUUCGCUUUGGGACAGUUUCCUCGGUCUACUGAAAUGGUGGGACGUACAAACGCGAUGGGAAUCGGACUUGUCUUUCUGGAUGCACGGCGUCAAUACGACCGCCGAUAUGUUUCGGAGCAUGAUGCGAUUUACUUUCGCGACACCCGACGGCACGGGUUUUCUACACAAAGUCAAGUGUCCGGUUUUUGUUACAGGCGCACGUUUCUCUCUGUACACGCAACCCGAGAUCAGCACCGAUCGCAUCUAUGAGGAGCUUAUAAACGUUCCGAAGGAAAAGAAAGUCAAAUGGAUUGGCGAGGAGGCUGGCGCGGGUGGUUUGCAGUCGAAAGUGGGCGCUUUUGGCAUUUUGACAAGGAAAGCGUUUACAUUCCUCGAUGCCCAGUUCGGCAUCGACCGCAAAAUCGCCCAUUCAGGUUAA